AUGUUUAGGCUCGAGGACUUGGUCGUUAUUGCGCGAACCACCCUUCUUGACGUAUAUCGUAUCCAGCAAUCAACCUUUCAUCAUCUCAAAACGAUACGAACAUCUACCAUCUGGGAAGUUGUCGACUGCCGUCCCAUGCCAGACCUUCUACGCCUUGUCAUCAUAUCACCCGAAGGCGUUGAAACUCUUGAUUUCGAGCACCAGACUUUGGCGUCCUCUGCAGAAGAUGUAACCAAAUGGACCCAGCGAGGCGUAGCUAAAAUACCUCCUCCACAUGAAGAUGAUGGCUAUAUGCUCAUGACUGCACCAUGGUACAGUCUUCGUGUUGCAGCGAAUGGCAUGAGAGCUUCGUGGAUCUCCGUCGCUUCAGGCUCCACCGAGUUUGCGAGCCCUUACUUCAUGUCUGUGACCCUUCCUAUGCCCGGCGACUUUGAGACCAAUACUGAAUUAUCCUCCUGGAGCCCCGGAACUGCUAUCGACCCUGCAUUAUGGGCGGUCCCAGUCAUCGACAUGGAUGAAUCGCUGGGGCUGACUGUCUUCGGUAAUUGCUUUGGCGAGCUCGUCUUAUACGAUCAUUGUGGCCAACCUCUCUCCGCGUGCUUCGAUCCCAACGACUUCAUGUUGAAUGUGUCGAAUGAACCUGUUGCAGUAUCACUGGUUCCCAUCGCCCUUAGCAUACCUUUUGCGCCCCAGCGCGGAAUGUCUGAUGAAGAACUCCAAUCUUCCACCGCUCGAUGGUCAAAAGACAGCAUUGAGUUGGCGAGACCCUACUGGCAAGACGAUUGGCUUGCAAUGCGUUACUUCGCCCAGUCCCUAUGGAGCGGGAAUCCCUGUGAUUGGGCAUGGAUCCUUACCCAUGCCUUCGGAUUUCCAGGGGAAGUUAUUCCGCAAGGCUACGGCAAUAACUACGCAGAGUGUACUCAAACACUCUUGUUCCGUGUUGGCUCCCAGUAUUUUCUUCAUCCCGACAACGGCGCGUUCACUAUCUGCCCACCACACCGAGAUUCAGAGGGCCAAAUAUUCUUUCCAAGUCGUAUCCGACCUCUUGAAGAGGUGCCAUGCACGUCGAGGACAAUGCUUACCCAAAGCAUGGUCUAUAAAACUUUCUCGAUGGAGUGUUGGCCAGAUUCAACCACUCCUCGGAAUCGCUGGUAUGAGAUGUGUGACCGGGGAGGUUCUGUCGAUUGGGAAAAUCUCCCGGAGUCGGCUGUGGUCGCUGAUUUGAGUGAGGUGGUAUGGCCAUGA